AUGCAGAGAGAUUGCAUAGCCAAUUUGAAUCCAUCGAGGACUGAUUGGAACAUAGACGUGAAGAUUUUGAGUAUUUCUUACAAGAGAGAGUUCAUGGUGAAAAGGGUUCUAAUCCUUGCUGAUCAAAGGGGUGAUCGGAUUGAGGCUUCUAUAUGCUAUCAGACUUUUAAACACUCUGUACCUAAUCAUAUUUAUGAUGGGGAAUGGUAUAACAUUCGAGAUUUCAAGGUCAUCAAGCCAGUGUUGCCAGAACGGAACACCAACCACCAGUACCAGAUAAAAUAUUUUGAGAAGACAGACAUGAUGAUCCUAGGUACUCUGUCCGCCAGAGAUUAUUACCGAUUUGAAGAUUUUAGUCAUGUUUUCAAAGGAGUCAUCCCAUUCAAUAAUUUGUAUGAUUUCUAUGGUUCUGUUAUUGAUGUUGGUCCUAUGAAAGAAGAGUUUAGAAAAGUGGAUGAGUAUGGUAAUACUUAUGGUGUCAAUUCUCUGAGUGUUUCCUGUUACAAGGAUGAACAUAUCUUCUGUCAUUUAAGAGGAUACAGUGCUGACAAGUUCUUAACCGAAUGGACAUCAAAGGGUUACAAUACUACAUUCAAAUACAUAUAUUUACUUAUUCACCAUCUGAUCGACAUAACAGUAGAAGAGAAUCUUCCUCCUCCGGUUGCUCGAGUACAACUUCCUAGAGAUAUCACGGAGAUCAUCAUCGCACGCGUGCCGAGAUGUUAUCAACCGAACCUAUCUCUCGUCUGCAAAGCCUUUCGUCAACUAAUCACUUCGCCGCAGCACUUCUCAACGCGCUUGCUCCACGGCUUCACCGAACCGGUUCUUUAUGCCUUGAUCGGAGAACCAUUUAAGAUUACUCCCCUAAGCUGGUCCAUUCUCUAUCGUAGCAACCUCCCUUUACGGUUCCGCAGAGUCCCUACACUUCGUCCCAUCUUACCUGGAUGUGCUGGCGUCACAGUCGGACACAAGAUUUACGUUAUGGGUGGUUACGUCCCCAAAACGACUGCGAUUUUCAUCGACUGCCGAUUGCAUACGUUGGAGAAUCUCCCAGAUAUGCAAAGGGCUCGUUGCUAUGCAGCCGCUGGAGUGAUCGACGGAAAGAUUUAUGUAAUCGGGGGUUACCAGAAACGAGAUGAUGAUUGGGUCGAAGUGUACGAUGUAGAGCGUCGGGUUUGGGAAACUGUGCCUAGUCAAUCCCCUGACGAUGCUACUCUUGAUGGAACGUUUUCCAAUACUGUGGUGAUGCAGGGGAGAAUAUUCUUUCGGAUUCUUAAUUGUUGUUUGGCUUACGAUCCAAGACAAGGUCUAUGGCAGUCAUGGGGACUUGAAAGUCAACUGAUGAGAUUUUGGAACUCCACGUCUUGUGUGGUUGGAGAUUUGUUGUAUACCGUUGAUCGUACGUUUUCUCUUGUGCAUCCAAUAGUGGUAUAUUAUCCGAAUGAAUUGGUUUGGAGACCUCUGAUGGGUGUAUCCGCUUAUGAUUUGCGUAUGCUCAAUUAUGAAUGGUCUAAGAUGGCCAAUUUUGGUGGCAAGUUGGUGAUUUUAAGCCGAUAUUAUGGGCGCCCACAUGAGAUUUGCUGUGUAGUGACUGCGUUGGAAACUCGUCAAGGAGGUCAGAUUCAGGGGAAGGUGGAAUCAGUCUCGCAUGUGUAUAGAGACGUGUUUCCUUACAUUGAGCUUUGUGGAACUGUUACGGUUUGA